AUGGAAGAGGGAACGGUCACAGACCCCCUGGGCGGGUAUAUAGACCCGUCAGAAGAGGGAACGGAUACAGACCCUCUCGGUGGGUAUAUAGACCCACUGGAGCAGUAUCUGCUGUGGUCUGGCGUGGGGCUGGGGGGAGAGGAAGGGGGGGAGGAAGCGGGAGAGAAAGGUGAAGAGGUGAAGGGAGAGGUGGGGGAGGAGGGCGGAGGGGUAGGAGAUGAGGAGGGGGACGAGGUGGAAAAGGAGGUGGGGGAUGGGGAUGUGAGGGGAGAGGAGGGAGGGGAGGAGCGGGGUGAAGAGGUGGAGGCGACGGGAGAGGAGGUGAGGGAUGAGGUGGGGAAAGCGGGGAUGGAGAGGAAAGAGGGAAGGACAGGGGAUGAGAGGAGAGAGGAGGAGAGGCGAGACGAGGAGGGGAGAGAGGAGGAGGGGAGGCAGGAGGAGGAGAGAGAGAAGGGAGGACAAAAGGGGGGGCGAGGGGAGGGGAGGCAAGAGGAGGGGGAAGAGGAGAAGGAAGUUAUUGAAGGGCAGGAUGUAAGAGAGGUUGGAGGGGAGAGGGAGGGGAUGGAAGGGAGGGGAGUGAGGGAGGUUGGAGGGGAGACGGAUGGGGGCGAAGGGAGGGGAGUGAGGGAGGUUGGAGGGGAGAGGGAGUGGGGCGAAGGGAGGGAGCAGGAGGGACGGGAGAGACAGGGAGUGGGGGAUGAGGGGCAGGGUGUGGAGUGUGGUGGCGGCAGAGAGAAUAAUGGGCAGAAUGAGAAUUAUAAGGAGAAUGAAAUUAGUGAGGCGAGAGAGGAUGACGAUGUGGUGGAAGUGACAGUGAUGGGAAAGGGAGAGGGAAAGGGCGGUAAAGGAGGAGGGGAGGUGGGGAAUGGUAGAGAGGCGAGGGAAGGCGAGGGUAUGGGGCGUGACUGGGGGGAGUGUGACGUUGAGGAGUGUGAGAUAGUGGAGGGGAAUGUUCGGGGGAGGGAUGGUGAGGGAAGGGAUGUUGAAGAGAGAAGGGGAAGGCGAGUGGCUGGUGAAGUGAGAAGAGGGCGAGUGGGAGAGAAAGGCAGGAGUGGACGGGAGAAGGGGAAGGUAAAGAAGAGAGAAAGAGAGGGAAAGAGGAGUCGGAGAGGGACAGAGAAGGCGAGGGCACAUGAGGAGGAGGAGGGAGAGUACGGAGGGGAGAGGGAGGAGGAAGAGGGUGAAGAGGUGGAGGAGAUUGAAAUGGUGGAGGGGGGGGAGAAGGAGGAGGAGAAGAAGGUGGGGGAAGAAGAGGUGAAGGGCAGAAAGAGGGGACAAAAGCGGAGUAAGCACGAGGAGAGGGAGAAUGAGGGGAAUGAUGAGGGUAAGGAGGAUGAGGAUGAGGAGGAGGAGGUGGAGGAGAUAAAGCAGAAGUCGUUUGUGUGUCCACACGAGGACUGCAGAAGGGCGUUCGGGAGGAAAUACCACCUGCAGCGCCACAUGCAGUCACACGCCCCCGACCGGUUCCCCUGCCCACACCCGCAGUGCACUCAGACGUUCAGCCUGCACGCCAGCAUGCAGCGGCACGUGAGGGAACAGCACUGGGAGGAGGAAGGGAUCAGAGACCGGCUGGAUAGAGUGAACAGAGAGAGCAAGGGGAAGCAGGAGGAGGAGGGGGGGAUUGGUGAUCGGGUGCGUAGAGUGAAGAGAGAGAGUAAGGGAGGGGGCGCGGAGCAUAAGCUUCAGGAGGAGGAGGAGGAGGCGCAAAAGAGAGGGCAGCCGAAGGGACAGGGGAAAGCAGAGGGGAAAACAGAGGAGAAAGCACAGUAUGCACAGGAGAAAACAGAGAAAGCACAGGAGAAAAAAGAGAAAGCACAGGAGAAAACUCAGAAAGUACAGGAGAUAAUACAGGAGAAAUCGAAGGAGAAAACACAGGAAGAAGCGCAGGAUAAAACACAAGAGAAGGCAUGCGAGAAGGCAGCAGAAGCAACAGGAGGGAGAAGAGGAGUGGGGAACGAGGGGUUAGGCGGGAAAGAGGAGAGGAGAGGAGAGGAAGAGGAUUGGAGAAGGGAGGAGGAGGAGGAGCAGAGAGGACGGGAGGACAGGAGAGCAGGGGAGGAGGAGAGGAUAGGAGGGGAGGAGGAAAGGAGAGGGGGGGAGGAGAAGAGAGGAGGGGAGGUGGAGAGGAGAGGAGGGGAGGAGGAGAGGAGAGGAGGGGAGGAGGAGAGGAGUGGAGGGGAGGAGGAGAGGAGUGGAGGGGAGUUGGGGGAGGGAGGAGGUGAGGAGGAGAGAAAAUUGGGCGACGAGGGAGCUGGAAAGGAGUCGUGUGUGGUUGAGAGUGGUGAGGAGCGGUGUGAUACUGAAAUGCGUGAUACUGAAUUGUUUCAUACUGCUGAAGCAGACAGGCAAGAAUCUGCUGACGUGGAGGAGGAUAACAGGGAGAUCCUUGGGACCAAUGGGAGAGAAGGGGCGGUGCAAGGGAUGCAGGGCCACCUGCAGCAAAAGAAGCGGCACCUGAAGAAACACCUGGAGAAUGUUGAAGAUCACCUGGAGGUUCACCUGAAGGAGAAGGAGCAGCCUGGUAAGGAGAUGAAAAAUCACCUGAGCCAACAGAAGGAACACCUGAGGGCAAUGAGGGAGCACCUGAGGAGGAAGGAGAUUCUCUUGAAAGAGGAGGAGGAUUAUCUGAGGCGGCAGCAGGAGCACCUGAGGCAACAGAGAGAGCACCUGAAACAACAGAACGAUGACCUGAGGCAACGAGAGGAGCAGCUUGCAAGGCAAGAGCAACACUUGGGGGAACACCUGAGGGGGGAGCACUUGGGGGAAGAGCACCUGGGGGAAGAGCACCUGGCGGGCCACCUUAAGGGGAACCUGAGGGGGAAGCACGUGGGGGGAAAUGGGUUGCUGCUGCUGCAGGAUGCUGUAUGCUUGUGCUCUGCUGCUGCUACUACUGUGGGGACGACCAGAGGUGGUGUGGCAGCUGGUGAUGCUGAUGUGGCAAAGGCUGUUGGUGAUGUGGCAGGUGCUCAUGAUGAUGUGGCAGAAGCUGUUGGUGAGGUAACUGCAACCGACGCUGAUGCAAUGGCGACCGGCGGUACGAGUGGGGCCGGUGGGGGGCCCGGUGGGGGGCCUGGUGGGAGUGCUGAUGGGAGGAUCAAGGAGGGCGUGAGGGAAGUGGAGGGGGGGAAGACGCGAGGAGAAGGAGGUGGGGCGGGUGAGGGGAAGGUGGAGGUUGGCGAAGGAGCAAUGGCAUCAGAAGUGGCAUCAGGGGGGGUACGAAAGUACAAGCAGGCUGGGAUGAUGAGCUGGAAGCGCAGGAGGUGGUGUGAUAAGGACAUGGCAAGAGAUGAGGUUACGGCCGGAAAGCUGGUGAAAGGUAGAGAAAGAGAUGGGAAGUCAAGGGAGAGGACGUCAGAAGCAUGCAAAACUACUGAAGAAAGGCAAGCAGAACGCGGCAUGGGAAUGUCAACAGGAAGCGAAGGAGAAGAAGACACGUCAAGUGACGAGGACACAGAUGCAACAGCACCAGGGGAGGGCAUGGCGGGCGUAGCAGAGGGAGCGGACGGAACAGCGGCAGCAGGGGAAGGCACAUCAGAGGGAGCGGACGGGGCUAUCUGUGGCUUCUGCUUCACUGCCUUCCCGUCCCUCCCUGCCUUGGAGCAACACACACAGCAGCACCACUGCUCCGUGCCCUGCCCGCAGUGCAACAAGCACAUCUCUUUCUCGCGCUUCAAGCGACACCUCAAGGAGCAUGAGCUGGAGCAACGACCAUCCCACCCGUGCAAGGUGGAUGGGUGCAGCAAGGCGUUCAGCUCUCCCAGCAACCUGAGAACGCACAUCAGGGCGUGCCAUCAGAAGGACCGCCCCUUUGCCUGCUCCGUCCCAGGCUGCUCCCAGCGCUUUGCAUACAAAGUCAACCUCUCGCGGCAUAUUGCAGCCAUACACGAGAUGACACCCGCACAGGUGAGAGCAGUGAGCAGUGAGCCUUAG